AAUUGUAUAACUUUUGUACUUUAAGUAUGACAAUAACCUCCUCUUUUAUAACUCUUCGACGUCAUCAAAUGAUAGGUUCAUAUCUUCCUCCCCAAUGGCAACGGUUCGAGCCGAUCCUAUGACUAAAAUAUUCAAAAAAAACCUGAAAAGGGGAUAUAUAAUAUCAUACCUGCUCUGCCAGUCAAUGAAUUCAGGAACUCAAAUGUAUUACUUCACAAUAAAGCAGUUUGCAGCCAGUGCCAUCCAGAUUUACCAUCACUAAAAUAUGCUUCAGCUGAUUCCUUGUAUUUUUCAAGCUGAAAUGUAGUCCACGCAAAGAGAGAAAGUUGAUUUUUAAUCGAUACAAAGAUCACAAGAUACAAGCAAAUCAAUCCUCCAGCCUUAGCUUUCUUUGUAUGAAAAAAGGAGAGAUUUUUCAAGCCCUGAAAAACUGGUCAAGGAAUCUGUAUAUCUUUUUACCCUGUGCUGGCAAUGAGCUCUGUGCUUCGCCUCAUUUUUGUUUCAGAAUUGACAUCAUCAUGUUGGCUGUCUGAAUGUUACUUAAGAUGCCAAUGGUUGUGCCCCCAUGGAAGAAAACAGGGAGUUUAAUUAAAGCUAAUACAUAAUCCUUCAGUGAACUAUCAGGAGAUAAGCCAGAGCUGAACAGAAUUCACUUGAAAGCUGAGACCGCUGACAGACAAUUUGGCCCUUGUUCCACCCUGCAGGAAUGUAUAUGCUGCCCUUGCAAUGGGUAUAUCGUGUGUCGUUGAAAUUUAUUGCAUCUGGCCCUGUCUGAACAAGAGAAUGUGCAUUGCUUUAGCAAAAAGAACAGUGAAGAAUCACAAAUUUAAAUUGACAAAGACUGUAACACUAGAACCAGCAUACAGGUAAAUAGGUCAAAGAGUAAAGCUGAAAUACUCUG